AUGUCCACUUCUCUUAAGAAUGGUAAAGAAUUUAAACCUGUCUAUUUUACCAAUCAGCCUUCCUGCAAUGAAAAAGUCAGCGGACCUAAGGAUAUAACAAAAGACACACAUUGUUAUGAAGGAAUGCCAGAAGGGGCACAAUGUAACUUUGAAGAAGGUUUCUGUGGAUGGAGAAAUGUACAAGGCAAGGAUGAGCUUGAAUGGAUCAGACAUAAAAAUGCAACACCAACUGCUGGAACUGGACCUCAGUUUGACCAUACCACAGGAACAGCUCAUGGUCAUUAUUUGUAUGUUGAAAUGGACGACGGGAGACAUCUAGAUGCUGGUAUUUUGGAGAGCCCAGUUUUUCCUGCUCCUAGUGCCUCAGUCUGGAAUUCUUCCACUUUGAAUGGGAUGUGUCAGCUAGCUUUUUACUACCACAUGUAUGGUACUCGAGUGAGUAGACUUAGAGUGUCACUGGUCAGUGCAUGUAGACUUGGAAUCAAUCGCCCCAUAGAAAUCCUGAGUCUGAAUGUUAAUGAGAACAAGUGGAAGUGUGCCUCAGUAUCUCUUACCAAGGACAUUCCCAGAAAUUUUGGACCGUACUUCAUACAGAUUAAAGCAUUUCGUGGGUAUACACAAAGGGGAGACAUUGCUUUGGAUGAUAUCUCGAUCAGUCCAGAGUGUUUCCAAGAUAUAUCUAAAGAAGAGAAAUUCAGCAAUAGGGAGCUCUGUGAACCUUUGACAUCAACAGAAGAAACAACCAGCACCUCUAUAACCAGCACUAUACCAGGACUUAUCUUCAAGUGGGAAAACGGAACACAAUAUAAGUUUAACAAUUGCAAUGCCUUUGGAUCAGCUGGCCCUAUGCAGUCCAAGUGUGACUCUGUUUAUACAUCCAGCAAAACAGAUGUCAAGAUAGUUGACAGUGGACCUCUGCGUGGAAUACAAAUGUGGACUGUUCCCGAAAAUGGCACCUAUGAAAUCCAUGCCUCGGGUGCAGCUGGUGGUAAUGGGGUAUGGACAACAGGUGGAUCCCAAGGCACAUUGGUGGGUGGACUCUUCCAGCUAAUAUCUGGAGAACAACUCUACAUACUAGUCGGCCAGAAAGGGGCUGAUGCCUGCACCCUAAAAGUACCAGAUGCAGUGAUGAAGAUCUGUAAGGCUAGGGGCUACCAUAACAAUACACUGGCAUCCUGGGUUGGAGCAGGAGGUGGUGGUGGUGGCGGAGGGGCAUCCUUUAUUUUCAAGAAAAAUGGAAGUGGAGAAAUAGAUUUGCUGAUGGUAGCAGGAGGUGGAGGUGGGCUAGCCCGCAGGAACAUCCAUUCUGACACUCAACAACUGAACCCUGCCAGACAUCUAGCUAUGCCAGGGAGUGGCUAUAGUGGAUUCACCAAUCCUGAUGGGGCUGGUGGAGGAGGAGGAGGAUUGAGGAUGAGGAAGUAUGCACAGUAUCCACAAGCAGGCAGAUCACUCCUGGAGGGAGCGACCGGUGGACAGUCAUGUGAGAAGGCAUACAACCUCUCAGAAUGGGGUACACCAGGAGGAUUUGGAGGAGGAGGUGGGGCCUGCUCCUCAGGAGGUGGGGGUGGGGGAUACACAGGUGGAGAUGUGUCUAGAAAUGACAGUAUGAUUAUGAAUGGACAAGGUGGUACUUCCUAUGUGAUCCCAGGUGCCUUGAAGACGCACAGCAGCUACCCAGGUAGUAAAUCUGAUGGUUAUGUAGAGAUACAGCUGAUGUUCGUAAAGUGCAAAUGCACUGAUUUUUGCCACAUAAAGGACUGGGAAAGGGAGCAGUAUGAAUGCAGCUGCAUGGAAGGAAAAACACUGAAUUCUGAUGGAUUCACCUGCUCAGGUGAGCAGUUGGUAUUAGCUGUUCUAACAGAGGGUUUUGAGAUGAGAUAUAUAGUAUACAUUGCAGUGGCCAGUACCAUAUUAGUUAUCAUUAUAACCUGUAUUGGAUUGUGUGUGGUAAAGCAGCAUAGAAAACGAUUACAUUUGGAUGCAGUUAGGAUUGAACUGCAAACAGCCAGUCAGAACUUUGCCAUACAUUCAUCAUCCAACUUCGUAAGAAACGGAACUAUACAGUACCAUCAGAUGAUGACGGAGUACAAUCCAAACUAUGACUUUGUCGCUGCUAAAUACCCAGAGCAACAACUGAAUGAACUCAAUCGCAACAAACUAGAGUUAGUCAGGGCAUUGGGUCAAGGGGCAUUUGGUGAAGUGUACAAGGGAUACAUUUUGGGUUUUCCAAAUAUGGAAAGGGAGAUGCCAGUUGCUGUUAAGACUCUACCAGCAUACAGCACAGAAGCAUCAGAACUGGAUUUCCUUAUGGAGGCAGUCAUAAUGAGUAAAUUUAACCACCCCAAUAUAGUAAAGCUUGUUGGUGUCUGCUUUGAGAACCACCCCCGCUACAUUGUGCUUGAACUUCUAGAGGGAGGUGACUUGAAAACAUUCCUCAGGGAAAUGAGACCUAAACCUGACCUUGGGGAGUCUCCUAUUAGAGUUCCUGAUCUGCUUAAUCUUGCCCAUGAUAUUGCGAAGGGCUGCCAACACCUAGAGGCACGACAUUUUAUACACAGAGACAUUGCUGCCAGGAAUUGCUUACUGACCUGCAAGGGUAAAGAGAGAGUGGCCAAAAUAGCUGAUUUUGGAAUGGCAAGGGACAUUUAUCGAUCUGACUACUACAGAAAAGGAGGUAAAGCCUUGCUACCAAUAAAAUGGAUGCCUCCAGAAGCUUUCCUGGAUGGAAUCUUUACUUCAAAAACAGAUGUUUGGUCUUAUGGUGUCCUGCUCUGGGAGAUCUUCUCCAUGGGUUAUAUGCCUUACCCAGGGAGAACAAAUCAUGAUGUCAUGCAGUAUGUGACCAAUUUUGGCAGGUUGGAACCUCCAGAGAAUUGUCCAAAGCUGUUGUAUGAUUUGAUGUGUGAAUGCUGGACAACUAGUCCCGAUUCCAGACCAACAUUCUCAGAUAUUCUUCAGAAACUGAAGAGAUUCUCUCAAUCUUCUGAGGUCCUCACUGCUGAACUUCCCAGGUUUUUCAUGGUACCAUUCCAGAUCUCAAACUCUACAUCUCAGGUACAUCCUAUGAGUGAGGAUGAAAACGAGCAAAUUCUAGACUCGGACACCACAGAGCCUCUGCUAUCCUCAAAAUGUCCAGGGAGUUUGAAGUCCUCCAAGAAAGCCCGCUCCCCCAAAGGAAGCCUGAAGUAUCCUCCGUUACGUGUCACUCUCCCAGACAAUUUUACAUGUGAUAAACAGUCCCAGCAUCGUGAUCCAUUCCCUUCACUGCGUGACACAACGUCACAGUGUGGAAACGAGUACCAAACACAUACCUCAGACCCGAGGUCAACUGCUGCUCCAGCUCAGACAACUGAAAGUAGUCCACUUGUGAAUGUGCCUCAUAGUUUUACAGUGUCCACAAUUGACCCGUGGUCAAGGAAAUACCUGAGAAACAGUUUGUAUGAGAAUCAAACAUCACCAAAGGUUAUUCUCUCCAAGAAAAACUCAUCAAAUAUUUAAUUUCCUUACCGAAUACUGCUUUGUUUUUAACAUGUUUACUCCAGUGUUUCAUCCGUUUGUUUCUCCCAGCAUCAUAGCUGACAUGGAUGACAAAUAUUAUCAGCAUUAAACAAACCUUCAGUCAUCAUUUAUCUGUAAUUUAUAUUACAUUAUUAUACCUCUACUGAUUUUUUUUCCCUAUAUAACAUUAGAUCGUUAGAUAUUACUAAUUCCCUAGAAAUCAUUAUGAAUGGACUAAUCCCCGUGCAUUAGUCAAGUGAGUUAAUCCCUUCAUCAAAAGCUAAUUCCCGGUUAUCCGUAAUCCUCUAGAUUUUACUUUUACAUUGGUAUGAUAUGUGAAUGGACUAAUCCCCGUGUGUUAGUUGAGUGAGUUAAUCCCUGCUAUGAAUUCACGUUAUCUGAAUCCUCUAAAUUUUACGUUUGUAUCAGUAUAAUAAAACAGUUAAAAGUAUAUCAUUGCGGGAGUUAGCAAGAUUCCAGUUCCCCUCGACCAGGACUAUUUCCCUCGGCUUCACCUCGGGAAAUAGUCCUGGCCUUGGGGAACUGGAAUCUUGCAAACUCCCUCAAUGAUAUACUUUAACUGUAUAAUAUAAUCACUUAGAAUUUUUGCUACAACAGUUUUCAUAUGACUGGAUAUAGCUCAUUGAAAUCAGCAAACCAAAGUUUCAAGAAUGGGUUACUUGUAUAAUAAUUCAUUUCAUACAUGUGUUUACCUGUAAAUUUUGUUAACUUCCAUAAGAAUGAAUGUAUAUUUGUAAUACAUGUACAUGUAUAUUGCAUAUUAAUGAAAGACAGUUUAUUAGAAAUCAGACUUUUACUAUGAUUGAAAACUACUGUAAAUCACUUUUUAUUUGCAAGCACUUUAUUUUAGCGAAAUUACGCGAGACAGUGUGCUCGCAAAAAUUUCAUUCACAUGUAUAUUAGUUUUCCUAAAGAUUAUAUAGAGCAAUAUCCACAUUUGUGAAAAUUUUGUCUCGCUGAUUAAGAGUAAAUGACUAUCUUGUGAAAAUAAGGUGUCACAAAAUUUUAAUGAUCUACAUUAGUUGUUGAGUUAUAUAUUAAUAAAUUUUGAAGUUCCUGUAUUUUACAGAUCUUUCUGUGGAGUAGAGAAUGAUACUGAUAUAGCAUAAAGAUCUUAUUAACUAGCAAAUUAGCAUUAUAUAUCAUAACCUUUCUUUGCCCAGCAUUUCAACAAGGACUGGUUAAUAUAUUGUAAUAAGAAGCCAUUUUAAGGCUUUUCUCUCUCUGGUAUACCCACAUUUAAAAGAUUCUAAAGUAUCUUUUUCUAGUUUUAAUGUUUUGUCUCUGAAAAACAAGAUAAAACAACAGCUAAAAAUUAUGUUGGCAUUUUCAUUCAUUCUUAUAUCGUCAGGGUCACUUAGAUGACCUAGCUAUUACAAAAUAUUUGAUUUGUCUGUUGACCUGCAUCUUGUGUUUUAUGUUGUUCUUUAACCUUUGAAUAUUUUCUGCUUCUUUUCAAGAAUAACUGAACCAGUUUCAGUCAGUUUUGGUAUGUAAUAUCUACAGAUAAAGGGGAACAAAGA